AUGUCAGGGGCCACCAAGGCAGUUUAUGCUCCAGAACCAUUUGAUGUUGGUCGAAGUUUACAAGCUGAUAUAAUUUCAGAUGGUCAGAGAAUAACUUUAACAACUACUGGUCCCAUUGAUCCAGUAGGUCUCCAAGUUGGUAUAGGUGCUGCUGAGGCCGUGGUGGAAGUACGAGUAAGUGUGCUGAAGAAAGGACGACUCCCCUUGUGGAAAUGCCUGCGUGCACUAUGGGAGGCUCGCCGCACAUUGAGAGGAUAA